AUGGGACCACAUGAUAUAACUCGCCAGGAAAGUGCCGUCGAUAUUCUGUCCGAUCAUCUCAAACGCUUCCGAUCCUACGACUGGGCGUCAACGGAUCUAGGCCCCAUGUCAGCCUGGUCCUACGAGCUGAGGCGUAUGAUCAACCUCUGCAUGGCCGAUCCACGACCCGUUGCUUUAUGGUGGGGACCGAACCGAACGUUAUUGCACAACGAUGCCUAUCGUGGCGUCCUCCAGGAACGAUACCCGCGGGCACUUGGGAAGCCGGUGGCCGAAGUCUGGCACGAUGUGCCCUCCUUCCCUGCUAAUUUUGAUGUGAUCGAUGCCACCGGGAAGCCGGCUUUUGGAGAGGAUACACUGUUCUUUGUCACGCAAGAUAAUGGCAGAAUCCUAGAAGCAUGGAUCUCAUGGGCCAUAAUGCCACUUCCUGGAGAAACCGGCAACGUCGGCUACUACAAUUCAUGCAGCGUCAAUACCCGACAAAUCAUAUACGAGCGUCGCAUGUCCACACUCCUGACGUUGGAAAGAUAUACCUCCUCGGUCAGUACGGUCAAAGGCUUCUGGGCGAAGAUCUUAAAAGGUCUAGAUUCGAACCACGCGGAUAUCCCAUUUGCUACUUUGUAUACUCUGGACAUCGGCGAUGACUCCAGUGAUGCUUCUUCCAACUUCAGCUUGAGCGGUCCCUCCUCGCAGUGGGUGCUUCAGGGCGUGCUGGAGUCUGCUUCAGAGCCAGAGCCUCCCGAGCUACCAGAGAGUAUGUCCGACGAGACAUCAGAAGAGACCUUCGGUAUCUCUCUCAAGGUGACUGUCAAGACUGGACAACCAAAGAUCCUCCGGGUCGCGGAUGGGACCUUUCCACGUUCGCUGCAAGCGAGAGCUGUGUCUCGUGCUUACGGAGACCUGUGUCAAGAAGCAGUUCUUAUACCCAUCACUCGCGGUCGUCGGCAUGCCUGCCUCUUCAUUGGCCUGAACCCUCGCUGCCUCUACGACGCCGAUCACGAACGAUUCAUCUCCAUGCUGAAACGACAACUGGCAUCCUCAUUGAGUGGCGUUGUCAUGGCCGAAGAAGAAACACGACAAGCCAAGGUGAGCGCAGACUUGGCUGCGAGAGAACGCAUGCAGUUGACCGAGAGGCUGAACUUCAGCGAACAAGACGCCAAAGAGAAGGAAAUGCGUUUCCGUUCCAUGGCAGAUCAGGCGCCUGUCGGGAUGUUCGAGUUCGGUCCGAAUGGCGAGUUGGAAUAUGCCAACGACAGUUGGUAUGCAUUAACACAACAUCCUCGCGAUGACUUCACCCCGAAGUCGUGGACAAGUUCCAUACAUCCCGACGAUCGCGCCGAGUUUGACUCCCACUGGAGUCGACUGCUUGCGGGCGAAACAAUACAGUUCGAGACUCGCUUGGCGAAACCUUUCGUGAGCGAAGCCUGGGCUUCGUCUUACGCCUACGCCGAGAAGAAUGCUGAUGGCAGUGUACGAAACAUCCUGGGUUGCGUGGUGGACAUCAGCCAGUACAAAUUUAUGCAAGGAUUUCAAGAGAGAAGGACGGCGGAAGCUCUGGAGUUGAAGCGGCAACAGGAGGCUUUCAUGGACACAACAAGCCACGAGGCUCGCAACCCGCUGUCGGCAAUGUCACUCUGCGUCGAAAGCAUCAUCUCCACUCUACAACCAAUGUUGAAAUCACCAGGAGAGCAGAUCACAGCCUCCCGAGAAACGAUCAAGUCGACUCUAGAGAGUGCCGAAACGAUCAUGGAAUGCGUGCAACAUCAAAAGUUUAUCAUGGAUGACGUUCUCACACUCUCCAAAAUCGGAUCCGGUCUUCUCGUGGUCUCGCCAAUUGAGAUACAGCCUCUGGACGAGCUCAAAAGAGGAUUGAGGCUUUUCGAGGGCGAGCUUCGACAAGCGGAUAUUCCUUUGCAGCUCGUUGUCGAUCCGUCGUACAAGGACUUAAAUAUCGAUUAUCUUUUGCUCGACCCGACAAGGCUGUUGCAGAUUCUGAUCAAUCUCAUCACCAAUGCGAUCAAAUUCACGAAAGAUGAAGCCAUCAGACGAAUCACGGUCACCAUAUCAGCCAGUCGACAACGACCCGAAAGCAAUGAUGGCUUUUCCUUCAUGCCUAACGCGGAGGACAGCAAUGCUCGACUAGAAGUCGAAGAAGACUCGGCAAUCUACCUUCAAAUUACAGUGGAAGAUACAGGGCGUGGUAUCGAGCGUCAUGAGCUCGAUCAUCUAUUCCAACGGUUCCAGCAGGCUUCUCCGAAAACCCACGUCAAGUACGGCGGCUCCGGGCUGGGCCUAUUCAUUUGCAGAGAACUUGCCAAGAUGCAAGGCGGUCAAAUCGGUGUCUCUACCGCCUUUGGUAGGGGGUCGAAGUUUGCGUUUUACUUGAAAGCGAAACGUUGCGGAGCGCCGGUGGGAGACGACAAACGUAUGGAGCAGCAGAGAAGCGUCCCGACCAGGACAAAACCAAUUGCUAGCAACAGCGAUAGCGAAACGCGGCGACGAGUUGUUUUACUUGUGGAGGAUAAUCUUGUGAACCAAAAAGUCAUGGCCAAACAACUCCGCUCCGCGGGCCACGACGUGACAGUCGCCAACCAUGGGCAAGAAGCUCUCGACCACAUACGCACCACCCACUUCUGCGUUCCAAACGGCGGAGUAGAACUGGACGUCGUGCUGAUGGACAUUGAAAUGCCCAUCAUGGGCGGUCUGGAGUGCACGUCUCGAAUACGAGAGAUGGAAAUGAAGGGCGAGAUCCAGGGACGAGUCUCGUUGAUUGCAGUGACUGCGAAUGCGAGAGCGGAACAGCAGAAGCAGGCGAUGGAUGUGGGGUUUGAUGCUGUUAUCACGAAGCCUUUCAAGAUGGAGGCUUUGAGGGUUGAAAUGGAUAGUGUUUGUGGAGGGCAAGGCGGAUGA